AUUUGUCGGGGAAGGAUUUAUCCAAACACCCCUUCAUACCGGCUGAUGCAAGUUAAAUGAGUGAGCUGUCAGCUGUGUGUGAACAAUAUUACACGGGUGAAGAUGUCAGACUGUCAAGGGGAAGGAGCAAAGAGUCCAAUGGAGCUGUACGAUGAUCUGAAUGCGCAAGGAGACAAAGUCAGAUCACUGAAAACAGCUAAAGCAGAUAAAGCCGAAAUUGAUGCUGCUGUCCAGUUGCUACUAAAGUUGAAAACGGACUACAAACAGAUGACAGGUCAGGAUUAUAAAGCAGGAUGUCCACCAUCAGAAAACUCGGUCAUCACUGACAACGGGCCAGCAGCAGAUGGAGCUGAUGAAGAGGACACAGUUGACCCAUGGAAUGUCUCCACUACUAAUGCAAAAGGAGUGGAUUAUGACAAACUUAUAGUGAGGUUCGGCAGUAGUAAAAUUGACAAGGAGCUGGUGGAUAGAAUAGAAAAAGUCUCGGGACAGAGACCUCAUCACUUUCUACGAAGGGGAAUCUUCUUCUCACACAGAGAUAUGCAUCAGGUGCUCGAUGCGUAUGAGAAGCACAAGUCCUUCUAUCUUUAUACUGGCAGAGGUCCGUCCUCAGAAGCCAUGCACGUUGGUCACCUCAUUCCCUUCAUCUUCACCAAAUGGCUUCAGGAUGUGUUUGACAUCCCUUUGGUGAUCCAGUUAACUGAUGAUGAGAAGUACCUGUGGAAGGAUCUAACACUUGAAGAAUGCCACCACUUCGCUGUUGAAAAUGCCAAGGACAUCAUUGCUUGUGGCUUUGAUGUUAACAAGACCUUCAUCUUCUCUGACCUGGACUACAUGGGUGCGUCCCCUGAAUUCUACAGAAACGUAGUGAAGAUCCAGAAGCAUGUGACAUUCAAUCAGGUCAAAGGCAUCUUUGGCUUCACAGACAGUGACUGCAUUGGUAAAAUCAGCUUUCCAGCCAUCCAAGCAGCCCCAUCCUUCAGUAACUCUUUCCCACAGAUCUUUGGAGAAAGAAAAGAUGUACAGUGUCUCAUCCCUUGCGCCAUAGACCAGGACCCGUACUUCAGAAUGACACGAGAUGUCGCGCCAAGGAUCGGCUUCCCCAAACCAGCCCUGCUGCACUCCACCUUCUUCCCCGCUUUGCAGGGGGCACAAACCAAGAUGAGCGCCAGUGAUGCCAACUCCUCCAUCUUCCUCACUGACACACCCAAACAGAUCAAGAACAAGGUCAACAAGCAUGCGUUUUCAGGAGGAAAAGACACAGUGGAAGAGCACAGAAAGUACGGCGGUAACCCAGAUGUAGAUGUCUCGUUCAUGUAUUUGACCUUCUUCCUUGAGGAUGAUGAACAGCUGGAGAAAAUCAGACAGGACUACACAAGUGGAGCCCUCCUAACUGGAGAACUUAAGAAGAUUUUGAUUGAGACCUUGCAGCCCAUGAUUGCCCAGCAUCAAGAAAGACGCAAACAAGUCUCAGAUGAGACCGUGAAGCAGUUCAUGACACCCAGGCCUUUGAAUUUUAACUUAUAGCUUCCUUGAAUAUCAGAUGUUAAUCGUGUUCAGUUUUUUCCAUAAAAAGUCUUGUUAAUUCAUAAUGGGAGGAAUCACUAGAAUGAUCAUCUUUUUCUUCAUGUGAUACUAAGGAUAGUGUCACCGUCCUUCAUGCUAAUUGUUAUGCUACUUGUUGGCUUCACCGUGCAUCAAAUGUACACAUUUAUCUUCAUCAAGUAUUCAUAGUUGCAAAUCUUUCAGGAUUAUAAGAAGAUUAAAGUGAUGGACAGAGAUGUAUUCUGACACAUGUUUAUUGAUCUAUAGGAACUACAAAGCUGCAUGUCUACUACACAAGUUUUAUUUUACUGAUGAAAAACAGCAUUGUAAAGAAAAACUGUUAAUACAGGAUUAACUGAAUCUUGUAUAUGAUGAUAAGAAUAUGUGUAGUGUAGUAACAUGAGGAAUCGCUUAUUAUAAGGUUAUGAAUCAUUAUCUCAAGGGAAAUAUAAAUGAAUCACAAGGUUUCCCCUCAUCCGUGGACAAAAAGUUUGAUUCAUCAUUAAAAAUUAAAGUGUACUUAAACAAGAACAAAACAACUAAAACGUGUUUAUUUGAAGAUAAAAAGUAUUGAUAUACAGUUCUGCUUAAAAGGUUAUAAAAUCAAAGUGAUGACGAUUUGAUUUUAAUAGAAAUAAUGCUGAGUAUUUCUUCAUAUAUGUCCAUGUUCACAAUACAAAAGCACUUACAACAG